GGUGAAACAUAAAAAGCAGUCAAAUCACAGGAAAGAUAGUUAGGUCUACAAGCAACGCGUUGAAACUUGCAUGUAAGUACAUCAUUGUUUAAAGCAGCUGCAAGAAUUGGAGGACAACAUCAUGAAGCAAUUAUUCACGGCCGUCUUUUUUCUAAGCGUCUUUCUGUUCACAGCCCCUGCUUACAAGCUUCCCGAGAAUGAGUACACGGUGGAAGCCAUAUUUGGCAACAGCUCCAGGGAGGCAGCUGAGGAAGCCGUCCUAGUGGGUUUCAUUCUGCGCAUUGCUGCAAGUGAACUUGGGCAGGAUGACGCUCAAAACGGCGAGACCGACGAGUACUCGUUUCACAGCUUCUGGGCAAAGCUUGGAAAUGCAGUUAAGAAAGCUAGCGAUACAGCUGUUGUUUUCCUCUACAACCUUGGAAAGGAAGUAAAGUACUCCGUAAAAGAAGUCGUAAAAGCCGCUGCAAAUGCGGCAUUGGAGACAGCAAAAGAGAAAGCUAGCGAGAAAGCCGUUGUCAUCGUGACAAAGAUAUUGGACGACAUCAUGGCCAACACUGAGUCAUUGGAUUACAAGAGCAACGCCGAAUUUGUCAAUCAUUUGGGCAGGAUUCUUGAUCAAGUGGGACAGUGGUUUGUCGAAGAAGGCUCAGAGAUGCUUCGACAGUAAGAAGAGCGCCAGACUCUCUCAAUGUGGUGGGAUAUUCGCGAGGGGUUCCUGAUAUGCCCAGUUGCCUAUCUA